AUGGACUUAAUCAAAGUGUCGCAGCCGCGGCCGCGAUCCCGAAGUGACAAAUUUGGCCCCGGAAACAGGGCAAAGACAGCUUUAACGGAGGCGUUUGGACCAGCCGAUGACUCCGACGACGGCUCCGACGACUCCUCCCACGACUCCUCCCACGACUUCUCCCACGACUCCUUAUCCAGCCACGGAACGUGGGUAAAGGCAGCUUUAACAGAGGUGUUUGGACCAGUCGACGGCGGCUCUGCCACUAUCGAAAACUAUCUCCACUUGUGCCCUCUGCUUAUAAGAGAGGGAAAGCUCGACGAAGCCCUAAAAAUAUCCCAGAGAGUGAUCCAUGCAUAUGAGCAGGUGCUGGGAUUAGAACACCCCACCACCAUCAGGGUACUGAGCAGGCUGGGCUCUAUGUUUAAAAGACAGAGAGAGCUCGAUGAAGCCCUAGAAAUGUACCAGAGAGCGCUCCGUGCAUCCGAGAAGACCUCCGUGGUAGGGCGCCGCAGCACCAUCAAGAUACUGAGCAUACUGUGCUCUAUCCUCAAAGAACAGGGAAAGCUCAACGAAGGCCCCACAACCAUCGAUACGCCGAGAAUACUGGACUCUAUCCUCAAUGAACAGGAAAAGCUCGGUGAGGGAGCAUUGGAGGACUGUGUCGACACUUGGGAAAACUCCAUUGAUUCGGAACCUAUUAGUCAAGAGCAAUCGCAGGUGAACCGGAAAACCUUAAAUAAAUCAAAUGGACCUUUUGUUUCCGGUUCAGAUACGGACUCCAAUUAUAUUUGUAUUACAGACCCCAGCCCCCCAGUUGGGGCAUCUUCUAAUACCUCAGAACCAUCUCUAAUCCCGCGUGCACCACAAAAUCUGGAACAGAUAGAAAGCGAUAUUGCUAGUGCUCUGUCUGGUAUGAUUGAGGUUUUCGAAGAAUGGAAUCGAGUUACAUUGAAUAAUAUUGCUGGGAGAAUCGGGGUGUUUUUGGAGCGUUCAGGUUCGAUUCAAGAGUUGCUUGAUGGGCCCAUGAAACUCGGAAAGCUACCAGAUCGCGACGGCUCUGGUGAAUCCUCUGAACCUAGCGAUGAUGAUGAGGAAGAAAUCUUGGAUGUAGCAGGAUAUGAUGAGCUAGUUCAAGGAGUACUUAAAUUUUUGAAAUCUGAUGAGAUACUCGAAAUUUUUAAAAAUGCCGUGGUUGAAAGGUUUCUACCGACUCGACACAAGGAUAAGCAUGCAAUUAAAGGAAAAAACGUACACCAAGAAGGAGGAACCACCGAAGUCUUGGUAAAUAUAGAAUCCGAAAAUAAACAAGUAGUUCUAGAACAUAUGAAUGAAGGAGAUGAUGACCAAGCUUCUCUAGGUGCACCGAUACACCAACAUAGUAAAGAUAUUGGUAUUCAAGACGAGAGUUUAAGUUCGUUUACUAUGUUCUUAAUAGACGAGGAGAUGCAGAAAUCGGCUACAGAGAAUAGCCCGUUAGAAUCCGGUGAUGCUAUUGAAAGAAAAGCGAUUGUGUCUUCAGAACCAGUUAUCAGGAUUCAAAAUCCAACACCGCGAAUCUCCAGCCCGAGAUGUGGAUCUCCUCAACUUACUGAAGAAUCGAAGCUUCUCCAGGACCCUGUCGCAUCGCCUGUGCCAAUGAUAGAUGGUGAAUAUCUAUGGGCGGCAAGAUUUUCGGACGGGAAGACGCAUAUCAGCUUCGAAAUUGCCCGUCGGGGUAUGUGUAUGUGCGAUGGAAAUGUCGUUGUGGCAGAAGGAUACCUAGUAUCAUUCCAAAAGAACGCAUGUAUCAGUAUCAUAUGUAUCAGUGGCUUAGGUCUCAUAGCGGCUCUUCCUCAUCUUCCAACAAUAGUGACCAACGGGACCUUAGGGGAUACCACACCAUCAUCGACAGCAGUCUCUCCUGGAGCGAUCUGCUCAUUAAAAAUAGGACAAGGAAGAGCUCGCUGGAGGAGAUGGUUUAGUCUUUACACCAUUUCAUAUAUAAAAUUCGUUAAGUUCAGACUUUACCGUCUCGAUCAUAUGCGUGUCAGCUGCUAUAACAAAGAAGAGAUUCCAACACCCAAUCAUCCAUAUUAUGAGUACCGGCCUGAGGCAGUCGAUGUAUCACCCGUUCCCACCGAGGAGUUGGAGUAUUUUGAAGGCCCAUCAUGUAUUGGUACUACUUCGAUGACACUCGAUGUCUUGCCGAAGAAAACAAAUGCCGGGCCAAUCGCUUUCUUUAUAUAUUGGUUGAGAAAGCAUCCUGGAGACCUUCAGAAUGCCUCAGUUCCCCUGUUUCUUGCAUUUGCUCUCAUGGGAACUUUUAUUGUUUUCCCUACUAUAACUGAGAUGAUAAGUUCGUAG